UCUCGCGAUACUUGCGAGCGACCAUCUUGCUCCUGCCCCUGACAGAUUCUCUGGUCCAGGUCACUGGGACGCCGCGAACUCCGAGCGGGCCCUCGCUGACUAUGCUGUCUCGAGUGGUACUUUCCGCUGCCGCCGCAGCAGGCCCCUCUCUGAAGAACGCAGCCCUCCUCGGGCCAGGGGUAUUGCAGGCAACAAGGAUCUUCCACACUGGACAGCCAAGCCUGGCCCCUGUACCACCUCUUCCAGAAUAUGGAGGGAAAGUUCGCCACGGGCUGAUUCCCGAGGAGUUCUUCCAGUUCCUUUAUCCUAAAACCGGUGUAACAGGACCCUAUGUGCUCGGAACUGGGCUUAUCCUGUAUUUCCUGUCCAAAGAAAUAUACGUGGUCACUCCGGAGACCAUUUCUGCCAUAUCAACCAUAGGGCUGCUUGUCUUUAUGGUUAAAAAGUACGGCGCCUCUAUUGGGGAGUUUGCUGACAAACUCAACGAGCAAAAAAUCGCCCAACUAGAAGAAGCGAAGCAGGCCUCCAUCAAAGGCAUCCAGGACGCCAUUGACCUGGAGAAGUCCCAGCAGGCGCUGGUUCAGAAGCGCCAUUACCUGUUCGAUGUCCAGAGGAAUAACAUUGCCAUGGCCUUGGAGGUCACUUACCGGGAACGGCUGCAUCGAGUCUACAAGGAAGUGAAGAAUCGCCUGGACUACCACAUCUCAGUGCAGAACAUGAUGCGUCGGAAGGAGCAAGAGCACAUGAUCAAUUGGGUGGAGAAGCACGUGGUGCAGAGCAUCUCUGCACAGCAGGAAAAGGAGACGAUCGCCAAGUGCAUCGCAGAUCUAAAGCUGCUUGCGAAGAAGGCCCAGGCCCAGCCAAUCAUGUAAAUGAACCGACCGAGACUGAGACAGCCAGAAACACUCGGCUGAGUGGAAGCCAGGCCGUGACAAAAGCUGUCCGUGUCACCUGCUCCUGGAGUCCCGCUCACCCCCCUAAAAAUGAAAGGCGCCAGUCCCACCUGAUGAGAGAAUUAAAAUGGUCUGUUCACCAGGGAGGUGUUUUUUGUCCUUGCUCCGCAUUUGGAGUUGUCCGAUGAUCGCUUUGGAAUCGGCAGUGUGCUUUUAAUAAUAUUUGGUACCUGGCGAAAGACUACUGAGUUACCAUUUAAAUUUGUAAUUAAUUCUGUCGCCUUACAAUAAAGUGACAGUUGAACAAGG